ACGCCAUGUACAGUUUAGUACGACUCCCGCACGAUUAGACGUUGUAUCUGCUCCGAGCAUUCACCUCUGUUGCGCCCCAUAUUCCACCUGCUCUUCCCCCCCCCAGCUGCGCGUAUUGGUGCUCACACUGUCUGGAUACUGCGGGGAGGGCUCUGACUUGGACUUGGGCAGUGCAACUAUUCAAACCCAACAUCCUUUGCUCUGUGCUUUUCAUAAUGGCCUCCCUAAGUUUUCCUGUUAUCCUUUUUAUGGCAGAUUUUUUUCUUAAUUAUUUUGCUGCAAAGCUUAUCUAUAAAUAUUACCCCUAUGAGAUCCUGGGUGCUCUGUGGCUGCUGUCCCUUAUUAAAUUCCCAGUGCUGGCCAUAGUGUCUGUGAGACUGAAGUGCCCUGCCUGGGUUACCUCUCAACUCACUUUUGUUCUGACUCUUUGCCUGUCCAUCCCCUUGCACCAAACACUCAGAUUCCUUUUCAGCUCUCAUGUCCCAGAAAUGCACUCCAGCUUCCCAGGUUCUUUCCUGAGCCACCUGCCUCCUAUCUUUGCUUGCUUUCUCUGGGAUCUUGUCUCCCCCAAGCUCCUUCCAAAGUCUACUGAAGGGGAAGCAAACAAUAAGAAGAGAGAGAGGGAUAAUUUCAUCAGGCUUGUGAAAUAUUCCAUACCUGACUGGCUGCCCUUGUGUGGAGCAUUUGUCUUUCUUACACUCGCUCUGAUUGGUGAGAUGUUUAUUCCCUAUUACAUGGGUCGUGUGAUUGAUAUACUAUCAACAAACUACAAUGAAAGAGAGUUUCUGGUGGCCAUGUUUUUUAUGGCCACGUUCUCCAUUACAAGCUCAAUCUUUUCUGGCUGUCGUGGUGGCCUCUUCAUGUUUUCACUUGCUCGGCUUACACAGCGAUUACGUCUCCUUCUGUUCCGCUCUGUCAUCAAGCAGGAAAUCGCUUUCUUUGAAGAUAAUAAAUCAGGGGAUAUCACAUCUCGACUGACCCAUGACACAGCACGUGUGAGCCGCUCUAUUGCUGCCAAUGUAAACAUAACACUGCGUAUGCUGGUGAAAUGCGUUGGGGUGUAUAGCUUCAUGUUUUCCAUAUCAUGGCAGCUUACUCUGCUUACAUUUAUCAGCUCUCCCCUCACCUGGAUAAUACAGAAAAUGUACAACCACUAUCAUCAGGAUCUGGUGAAGAAAGUCCAGGAUUCCAUUGCAAGAUCUAGUGAGCUGGCCAAAGAGAUUAUCGAAUCUGUAAGAACUGUGUACAGUUUUGCUGCUGAGGAAGAAGAGGCAAAAAGAUACGAGAAAUCUUUGCGAGAGACCCAUGUGUUACAGACACGCAGAGAUUUUGUCAGAGCUUUGUACCUGCUGGUUACCAGGCUUGUUAAUCUUGGCCCUCAAAUCACUAUGCUGUAUUAUGGGCAGAUCUUAAUCCGCAGUGGUUUUAUUAGUAGUGGGAAAAUGGUGUCAUUUAUCCUGUACCAAAUGGAAUCUAACAGCUAUAUACGGACUCUAGUUCACAUGCUCAGUGAAAUCACUCACUCAGCUGGAGCCGCAGAGAAGGUUUUCCAGUAUCUGGAUCGGAAGCCAAAGGUGUCUGCAUCUGGUUGCCUUUGCCCUGACAAACUACAGGGAAGAUUUGAAUUUAGGAAUGUCACUUUCUCGUACCCAUCCCGACCAGAGUUUUUAACAUUAAAGAAUGUCUCCUUCGCCCUCCCUCCUGGCAGUGUCACUGCUCUUGUGGGCCCCUCGGGUGGAGGGAAGACAACCUGCGUGUCAUUACUGGAGAGAUUUUAUGAACCUCAGGAAGGAGAUAUCCUGCUGGAUGGGAAAUCUCUGAAGGAAUAUAAACAUGAAUACUUGCACAGCAAGAUAGCAUUAGUGGCUCAGGAGCCUGUUUUGUUUGCUGGGUCAGUGAGAGGAAAUAUCAGUUAUGGACUUCAAAACAUUCCCGAGGAACAGUUGAAAGCAGCAGCAAGAAGGGCAAAGGCAGAGGAUUUUAUUGAGGGAAUGGACAAAGCAUAUGACACAGAUGUGGGUGAUAGCGGAGCUCAGCUGAGUGCAGGGCAGAAGCAGCGUGUGGCCUUGGCCCGGGCUCUGGCAAGGAAACCCAAGCUACUCAUUCUGGAUGAAGCCUCCAGCUGUCUUGAUGCUGAAACUGAACAUGAGAUCCAGAAGUCUCUGCAGAGUAUUGAGGAUCUCUCUCUGCUGAUUAUCGCUCACAGACUACGCACUGUACAGAAGGCUGAUCAGAUUCUAGUUCUUGAUGGAGGGAAUUUGGUAGAGCAAGGCACCCACGAGAAGCUAGUACAGAAGCAGGGGGUGUAUCACCGUCUCCUUAAUGGGACCUCUCUGCAGAAUAGUGGGAAAGUGAAUUGACUGCUCACAGUAGACCCCUGAACAUUUUAAAAGCAAAAGGAAUGGAAUCAGAAUGCAUUGUAUGAUGGAAACAUAAAAGAAACAGCAGGGAUGUACCUUCUUAAAGAAAGUCUAAAUCACUGACAGUGGCAAAUUUUAGGCACCCCCAGUGCUUAUAAUCACUUACCUGAUACCCCGGUGAUCCUGCUAGCAGAAAACAGCACCUGACUCUUCCACUUUUUUUUUGCUUCAUUGCCCUGGACAGACACAAGUGCAGUAGAAUGAAAAAAGUAUUUUUGUUAAAGGUAUUGUUCACCUUUGAGUUAAGUUUUAGUAUGAUGUAGAGAAUGAAAUAAUGAGACAAAUUACCCUAGCAACAAUUCACUGAUUUGAAUAAGAGACUGGAAUAUGAAUAGAAGAGGACCUGAAUAGAAACACAAGCAAUAAAAAAAUCUAUGAAAAGUAGCAUUAGUAAUACAUUUGUUGCCUUACAGAGGAUUUGUUUUUUUAGAUGGGUCAGUGACCUCCAUUUGAAAACUGGAAAGACUCAGAAGAAGGCAGCAGAUAAUUAAAAAAACUAUAAAAAAUAAAUAAUGAAGAUUAAUUGAAAAGUUGCUUAGACUAGGCCAUUCUAUAACAUACUAAAAGUUAACUAAAAUGUGCAUCUCCCCUUUAAUGUUUGGCUUUUCACUCUACUGUGCAUGCGCAUCUGUGUGAGGAAAGAAUGAGCAGGAAGAGGAUUGCUCCGUGGUGCUGCUACAGAAGUGUCCCAGGCCUGUGGAGUUUUUGCUAACAGCAGCACAGUCCCACUGUAUGAGGUAAAUAAUUAUAAUCACUAAGGAGUGCCUAACACUUGGCACCUCCCAGAGAUAGACUUUCCUUCUUCUUUAAAAAACACAUCCCUGCUGUUUUCUUCAUUUUUCCAUCAUAAAGGAAGGAUAUAAUGUACAAUAUAUUUUCUUAAUUUCAAGAACCAUAUUUACACAGUAAAAAAGGAAAAGCUCUUGUAUAUAUUGUCUGAAUAUUUAAAUAAAGGACUAAUAAUGUUCAAAAACAUUGCAUAAUAGAUGUAGCUUAUUGAGGAUUUUUUAUUUCAGUAAUAUAGUGUGCAGUUGGCUAUACAAAACAGUGGUGGGCCAAUCCGUCUGGGCACUUUUCCCCCUGACCUUCUCGGGUAGGUAUAAAUGCACGAAUAAGUACCCAUUUGCAGGUGUGUCAACAACUCGGGAGACGGUAAAAGAAGAGCAGUGGUGGAGGGGACAAAAAGUGCACAGGCUAGGAAUAGGCGACAGAAGAGAUAUGUGUCUGACGAAGGGGCCCGCCCCCGAAACGUUACAUUGUAAUAAACACGCAGGGCUUUGCCCGCAUGCAUUGAGCUCAGAGUGCCAGUUCUUCUUUUAUUAUGGAAAUUGAGGGCACCCAUUCCGAUUCGAAUUUAUGAUGAGGUUGGACACUUACCUUACCUGCUCCACUGGCAAAUUCUCAUCUGUUUGUUUGUUCUUAUGUUUCUAAAAUACAUAAGUAAAAACAAUUAAAAAUGAUUUUGUUAACACAGGAAUGCACAGAUACUCAUACCUAUGAGAUGCUUUAGGACUAUUGUCAUUAAUAUAUUUUGCUGCAAAGUGAUCCACUACUUGGGAACUCUUGACAACUGAUCCAAGUGUACUCUUACAUUUAAACUAUUUCUUGGGCAGCCUUGUUACUUUUUUUCAUGUUUUACUUUAAGGUAUAGUUUCUUAUGGUUAUGUACUUUUGGACAUACGUAAAUCUCAUGUAUGACAUGGUACAGGCUGUGAAUCUAAUUACUGUAUGUAAUGUUGACACCUGGAAUAUUAACAUGUGUUUUCUAAAUUGUUAAAACUCAAACAUAAUGUUA